AGAGUAACUGCAGCCUCCCCUAAAGAAAUAUAUCAGUCAGUAGUCUCCUGUUAUUCAUAGCGGCCCCAUAGCCCUUGUUGGCCUCAACCACCACAUUUAUAAAACGUUUCCGACAUUGACCUCUUCAAACAACCUGUACAUUUCUUAGGGUGGCCUGGUAUGUAGGUAUAAACAAAAAUAUUCACCAAUGUGACCCUCACAUUGGGCUUAAAAAAAAAAUAUAUAUAUAUAUAUAUAUAUAUAUAUAUAUUAUUUAACUAGGAAAGUCAGUUAAGAACAAAUUAUUAUUUACAAUGGCGGCCUACUUCGGCCAUUCCCGGACGACUAUGGGACUCCAAAUCAGGUACUAUAGUGACGCCUAUUGUUCUGAGAUGCAGUGCCUUAGACCGCUGCGCCACUCGGGAGCUUUACACAAAUUAUUGGCAGCCUUCUACACUGACACGUCAUUGGACCCUAUAUUAGGUGCAAUGGCUGUUCCUCCUUCAUAUUCAGACCUGGGCAAGACUGCCAAGGACAUAUUCAGCAAGGGCUAUGGCUUUGGCAUUGUGAAGCUGGACCUGAAGACCAAGUCUCAGAGUGGAGUGGAGUUCAACACAUCAGGUUCCAGUAACACAGACACGGGGAAGGCAGCUGGUAACCUGGAGACCAAGUACAAGAUGAAGGAGCUGGGCCUGAGCUUCAACCAGAAGUGGAACACCGACAACACCCUGGCUACAGAGGUCACUGUGGAGGACCAGCUGGCUCAGGGACUCAAGGUGGCCCUGGACACAUCCUUCGUACCAAACACAGGCAAGAAGAGUGGCAAGCUGAAGACUGGCUACAAGCGUGACUUCCUUAAUGUGGGCUGUGAUGUUGACUUCGAGGGUCCCAUAAUCCACGCAGCAGCCGUGGUGGGCUAUGACGGCUGGCUUGCCGGGUACCAGAUGGCCUUCGAUAUGGCCAAGUCCAAACUGGCCCAGAACAACUUCGCCCUGGGAUACAAGGCUGGAGACUUCCAGCUCCACACCAACGUUAAUGAUGGGACUGAGUUUGGAGGUUCUAUCUACCAGAAGGUGGAUGACAAGCUGGAGACGGCGGUCACUCUGGCCUGGACGGCCGGCAGCAACAACACACGCUUCGGCAUCGCAGCCAAAUACGCCCUGGACAAAGAUGCUUCCCUGUCUGCCAAAGUGAACAACGCCAGCCUGAUUGGAGUCGGCUACACCCAGACCCUCAGGCCAGGUGUGAAGGUGACUCUGUCAGCCCUGAUCGACGGGAAGAACUUCAACACCGGCGGCCACAAAGUGGGCCUGGGCUUCGAGCUGGAGGCAUAGAGCGGCAGGGAACAAGACCCAACAACCAAGAGAAGAGCCCAGAACCAAUCACCCCCAUUCCCAACCCCACACACCCUACCACAGCCCUUAUCCAAAACCAUCAUCCUGUAGACACUCCAUUCCCACCUCUCUCUCACACACCACAGUCCCUUUACACUCACACACAUUGAGUGUUUUGGCAGUAAUAGUCAAACCUGUGGCAGUCAUGUCCAUCUUGACUAAAGUAGCUAAAAUACAUGAAUGAAUAGAGAGACCGAGAGAGGCAUUCUGUAAUGGCCGUUAUAGUCUAGCCAGUUAUCACUACUGGUCAUCUAGUUUGAAAUGGAGUGUUUCAGUCUGAGUGCAUAAAGGCAAGCACUGGGGAUGGAUACCUCCCCUUUUAGCUGACGUUGUACAGAAACACUGGCUAAGUUUUUUUGUAAAUCUUCUGACUGGUUACUGAAGUGGCACUAAUAUUUCAGUAGGAGUUUGGCUGAGUAGUCGCUCAGCGUGAACUUACGUUUAUUUUUCCCUUCGUAUUUCAUUGUAAGCAUGUCUGAAUGAAUACCGGGUGUAGAACAGAAGGCUUAGUAAGGAUGGAAGCCGGAUGCAUUUGAAGCCCGGUGUUCUCUUGGUUUAAAAAGAAUGCCGUCUUUUGUAUUGGUUUUGAGUAGAAAAUGUUUCGGUGUAUUUUGGUUGUGCUGUGUUCAGUUGUGGACCAUGUUGUCCGUUAAACCCAGUGUGAUCGUAGGAUGUUUGUGAUUUUGGAUGGGCACAACUUCAAUUGUAUGCCACUUCAGCCAAUUUUCUUUCAAUUCCUGACUUGACCGAACUGAGAUUUUAAGUGAGCCCAACCCUGAGAGGGAACCAACCAUUUCACCACCGCUACAGUCUGCUGUUACUGUAACUACACUGAAGACGGGAGUCUGCAGGAGAGUUUAAGGAAGAUUCUACAUUACGCAUACAGCGCUACAAACGGAAGGACCUAUUAGGAUUAUUGUCGGCUGAAUGCAGUUCUACAUGUCCCAAAACGCAAUAUUUCUUCAUCUCCUUGUCUUUCCUCUGAGGCCACUCUUCUUUAGAGGACAGCUGGUAGGUGAAAGCAAUAUGGUGAAAUCUUCCCAGUAGGUGAGAAAAGAUGGCAUUUCUACAGUGUUGCUUAUCUAUCUACUCUUAAGAUCUGUGGUCACAUGAAGAGGGAUGUGGAUGUUGUUGCUCAUGCUGCUUUAGACUUACACUCCUUCCUGGCUGUCAUUGGUGCCCUUGGGAGCCAAACGACCCUCCCUGUAUGUCCCACUCUCUGUACAUAGUAUACAUAUUCUCCUCCCGAGUUUCAACACUCGUACGGUGAGACAACAUUUGAAGGGAUGCUGUUGUAUAGGCUCGGUCCCUCCUUUAUCAAGUCAUAAACCAUGACUCCAUGUAUCUUUGUUUUCUUUCCAAUUUUGUCAUAAUUAUGAAUCUUUUUGAAUUGGUUGUGUUCAAGACACAGCAUCUCGUUUUUUCCCCCAACCUCAAGUAAUGGAAUUCUAAUAAAAAAAAGCUUGUCUUGAUGUC